AUGAAAAAUCUUCAUGACUCUAUUGCUCAGGUUAGGACUGCUGUGAGAUGGGUGAGAUAUUCUUCUGCGAGAUUGGAGAAUUUCAAGGUUGCUACGCGGUCUGUGGGCAUAACAUCAAAGAAAGGGCUUUGUACUAAUUUGACUACGCGAUAUAACUCAACAUUUUUUAUGUUGGAGGCAACCCAAGAGUAUAAGUUGGCAUUUGCCUUAUUAGGUGAGGAAGAUAUCCAAUAUAUAAAAUAUUUUGAAAAUCAAGCGGGAUUGGGGAAGCCUAUGACUGAGGACUGGGAUGUUGUAUCUACUUUCGUAGAUUUUCUAAGGCUUUUCUACGAGAUUACCACGAUUUUAUCUGGUUCUUUGUAUCCUACAUCCCAUCAUUUUUGUCAACAAAUAUGUAAGUUUAAGGUGGAUGGCAUGGUAUAUGGAUUGCAUAUUGCCUACGGGCAAGUAUGGGCGAAGCAUAUUGCAUCAAGGGUUAGGGAAACCCUUGAUAGAUUAUUUGAUGAGUUUACCAUCUUGCGGUAUGGUAAUAUUAUGGCACCUACUCCUAUCCCCCCACCAGUUCCAGAUGCAAGGGCUGAGAAAAAACGUAGAAUGGACUGGGAUGACAAGAUGGAAGGGAACCCAUUAACGAGGAGUACUCCAGAGGCUAAGUCAGAGAUAGACAGAUACUUUGCUUGGUGGAAGGUACAUGGCCCCAAGUAUCCCGUCCUUGCACAAAUAGCCCGCAGUAUUUUGGUCAUCUCUAUUAGCACCGUACCCUUGGAGUCAGCCUUUAGCACCAGAGGGCGUGUAUUGGAUCCAUUUUGGAGCUCAUUAGAUCCUGCCGCUAUUGAGACUUUGAUUUGCACCUUAAAUUGGAACACAGGGAGUCCAAUUCAUGUUCCGGAUGUUAUUGAUUAUGAUCAUGUCAACGCCGAUGAGGAGGGUGAUGAUGCACCUGGAUCUGGUAAUGUCACCUGA